CACCAAAAAACAACCUCUAAAAUGUACCUCUUCGGCGUUUUCCUGCUCUUGGUCGGCACUCACGUCUGCUUCAUCGAUGCGAACUUCGGCAGCAGCGAGGGAAAUGACUACACCUACGGCACCCAGGCAACCACGGAUACCCUCAUCGCCAGCGAGACCAUAACCAAGUCCAAGGCCUUGCUGGGCACCACCACGAAGACGUACACUCUAACGCAGGCGGGCACCGCCAAGACCAUUACCUACAUCAAAAUCACGGAUCUGAAGAAGAUGCGGGGAGCCACGGCCGAGAUCACCUCCGGCGGAGUGGGAGCCACCACGGUCACCAUCAAGUUCACCUCCGCACGGGGAGCUGGCAUCAAGUCGCAGGUGGUGAUAUACGGCUCCUAA